GUGCUUGCGGAUGGACGGACGGACACUGGGGCGAGUGUGUCACGAACCGAAAGUCUAUUGGACCCCUGUCAAACUUAUUCAUAGAACGGGGUGUGUCUGGACCAUAGAGUUUGCUUGCAACUGUGCUGUCACUCAAACUCAUGGCUGUCUCGUAAUUGGCAAGUUAUGGUGCCAUGUCCCGCCCCUCAUGGGUGGCAGUCGUGUAGAAAUGAUACCGUGGGAAGGCUUGGUCCUUCAAACGGAUCAACUCGAGGUGUACCUGACAGAAGCACAGAGAGUCGGAGAAUUGGGAGACUUGGACUUUAUAUAUAUAUACACUGUACUGUACUCUGAAUGAGGGAAAAACAGCAGCGGAUUAAAAUGAAACGGAUUCACGAUUUUAGCUCAUCGGACAGCGAGCUGGACGAGAACAUUGAGGUUGAGAAGGAGAGUGCCGAUGAAAAUGGGAACGUGAUUUCACCCCUUGGGCCAAUGUCUCCAUCAACAACAACUCAAGUGAAUGCGAGGAAGCGCCGUCGAGGAAUCAUUGAAAAACGGCGCCGCGACAGAAUCAACAAUAGCCUCACGGAGCUGCGUAGACUGGUCCCCAGCGCGUUUGAGAAGCAGGGUUCAGCUAAACUGGAGAAAGCAGAGAUUCUGCAGAUGACGGUGGAACAUCUGAAGAUGCUUCAUGCUGCUGGAGGAAAAGGUUACUUUGAUGCCCAUGCUCUGGCCACGGACUACCGAGGUCUGGGUUUCAGGGAGUGUCUGGCUGAGACAGCCCGCUACCUGAGCAUCAUCGAGGGGCUGGACAGCGCUGACCCCCUGAGGAUCCGCCUGGUCUCCCACCUGAAUAGCUACACGUCCCAGAGAGAGGCCCUCUCCAUCUCUGGGAUAGGGCACCUGGCCUGGGGCUCUGCCUUUGCGUCGCCCCCCUCCGCCCACCUGGCCCACCUCCUCCUCCGGCAGCAGCACCAUCAACAUCAACAGGGGGCGACGUUACAGUUACCACGGAGCGCCUCCAACAGCCCUCCGUCAUCCUCCUCUUCUGCUCCUUCAUCCUCCUCCUCUCCGAUUGAGAGAGCGCCACGUUCCUCGCCCCAUGGCCAUACUCCCAGCAGGCUUAGCGGUGCCACCCCCCUCUCUGAGCACAGCCACUCCCAGGGGGGCCCUCGCCACGUCCACCCCAGCGCUGCCCCCCUCCCCCCGGGACUGAACCUCACCGUGACCUCCUCAGCCGCCGUGACCGCCAAGCUCUCCCCUCCCCUCUCUCUGUCCUCCCUCUCCACCCUGUCGGCGUUCCCCUUCCCCUUCAGUGCCUUCCCCCUGCUGUCCCCCAGCACCCUCGGCUCCCCUGCCUACACCCCCUCCAGCCAGGCCAGCUUGGGGAAGCAGCCCUACCGGCCCUGGGGCAUGGAGAUAGGGGCUUUCUGAACAAUCUUUAACCCCCUCCACACAGACUAAACUGACCAUAUAGAUCAAUAGAGGUCUCACCAUCACUAUGAACUCAACUCAGUUCACCAGCUGAGAAGGACCUUUCCAAGACAAUGUUUUUCUAGACCUUUCCAUGGCCAAGACAAUGUUUUUCUAGACCUUGCCAUGGCCAAGACAAGAUUAUGUUUUUCUAGACCCUUCCAUGGCCAAGACAAUGUUUUUCUAGACCUUUCCAUGGCCAAGACAAGAUUAUGUUUUUCUAGACUCUUCCAUGGCCAAGACAAGAUGGAGUUUUUCUAUCUCACAUCCUAUAGAGGAUUUCUUAGAAAUUGUGUUUCAAAUCAAAGUUUGUUGGUCACACACAUAUUUUGCAGAUGUUAUCGUGGGUGUAGCAAAAUGCUUGUGUUUCUCGCUCCAACAGUACUGUAAUAUCUAGCUAAAUGCUUGUGUUUCUAGCUCCAACAGUAAUACCUAGCUAAAUGCUUGUGUUUCUAGCUACAACAGUAAUACCUAGCCAAAUGCUUGUGUUUCUAGCUCCAACAGUAAUACCUAGCUAAAUGCUUGUGUUUCUAGCUCCAACAGUAAUACCUAGCUAAAUGCUUGUGUUUCUAGCUCCAACAGUAAUACCUAGCUAAAUGCUUGUGUUUCUAGCUCCAACAGUAAUACCUAGCUAAAUGCUUGUGUUUCUAGCUCCAACAGUAAUACCUAGCUAAAUGCUUGUGUUUCUAGCUCCAACAGUAAUACCUAGCUAAAUGCUUGUGUUUCUAGCUCCAACAGUAAUACCUAGCUAAAUGCUUGUGUUUCUAGCUCCAACAGUAAUACCUAGCUAAAUGCUUGUGUAGCGGGCUGUUCACUUUUUACAUUCUAUGAUAUUAUAUGAUCCAUAAAAAGUGGUGGAGGCACGACACUCUUCUCCAUUAAAACAUUUGAUUGUGAAUUAAUUAAUGAAUAAUAUAUAAUCUUCAACAUAUGGGAACAAUCCCUGAAACACACUGCAGAGUGUCCCUGUGUCCCUCUAUCUUUGCUCAGAGAUACAGUAUAUGGACUAUAUAUUACAGUCCAAUUUUGAGUAGACAUUAAAGUGACAUGGUGCAAGUGAUCGAUGCUGUUCGAGAUUCUGCACAGAUUAUUGUGAACAAGCUAACUUUAUAUGAUUACAUAAGACAAUAUAUAGUUACAAUAACCUCAGAAUGUGGCCAUGGAUGUGUUACUCAUUUAAAGGUUGAAUGUUACAUUAACUUUAAUGUAACUUAACUUCAGGCUAUUUACUUUAUUAAAAAAGGUAAUAUUGAAUUAUCUUUGGUUGACAAACAAAAGAUAAUCUAUAUUCUGCCUGGAUAGCUCCAUUUGUGCCACUGACUUAAGUUUGCCUUUAAUUCCAUUUGGUUUACAGUUUAAUAACUGAUAUGCUGAAUUCACACCUCCAUCUCAACCAAAAAUGUAAGUUAAACAACAGGAGUAAAUCAAAUUAAUCUUUAUUUAAAGAGCAUUUAAAGUUUGAUUUGAUUUAGUCCUAAUCUUUUAGUUAGAUUUUUGGUUGAGAUGGAGACUUUAAUACAACAUAUAAAUGAUUAAUUUGUUAGAUAAACUGGAAUUAAACCCAGACGAAGUCAGUGGUACAGAUGGAACUAUCCAAGCAGAAGAUAAAUCCCCUUCAAAUGUUGAUUUUUUUGGUUGCGUCACCAACCAAACACAAUUAAAUAUAACUUUUGAAAUACAGUAAAUAUCCUGAUAACUUGUCAACAAGUUAACAAAUGAUAGGUUUGGAUUCACGUCUCUAACUCAACCAAAAAUCAAAGUUAACGAAUGAUAGGUUUGGAUUCACGUCUCUAACUCAACCAAAAAUCUAAGUUAACGAAUGGGACUAAGUCAGUGGCUCAGAUGGAACUAUGCAAGCAGUACAUCUCCUUUAAAUGUUGAAAUUUGUCUCUCUUAUUAGAUGAAUCACAGUGAUAACAGAUUAAUCAGUUGUAUAAAUAAAACAUAAUACCUGACAUUUUA